GAUUUACCCAUCGCAAAAGUCAUUUUGCAGAAUGCCGACUCCGUAUCGCCCCUCUUUCCUCGAAGUUGUCAUUACACUCUCGUGUCAUUGUCUCCUUUCCUCUCGAUUCCACACUUUAAACCCAUCAACAUGAAUGAUUUUGCCCAAAAAUGGUUCAUUCUAUCCUCCAUCUAACUGGUUUUUUGGGGAAACACAUCACAAAAGGGGCUUUAAUUCCAUCCACAACUGCUAUUUCAUCUGAUAGAUGCAAGUUCAGUCUUCAACAACCCUGUAGAAAUGGGCAACAAACAUGGUUCAUUAGAGAACAUGGAAAGAGAGAGACUAAUUCCGUCGUCAUUAGAACAAACAUAUGGUGUGCACGAGGAUGAUGGUGAAGUGAAGGCUUGUGGGUGCUUUUGUUUAGGUUCAAUCCGAAAGAAAUUCAAAGGUUUAUGGAGUAAUUUACGAGCGGUGGUAGUUAAUUCUUGGGAAGUUGGUCGAUCGGACCCUAGAAAGGUUGUGUUUUCUGCGAAAUUGGGAUUGGCUUUGGCUUUGAUUUCUUUCUUGAUAUUUUGGAAAGAACCUCUUCCCGAUAUCAGUGAACACUCCGUUUGGGCUAUACUUACUGUUGUGGUUGUCUUCGAAUUCAGUAUAGGCGCAACAUUUAGCAAAGGAUUGAACCGUGGACUAGGGACUUUAUCAGCGGGUGGACUUGCUCUUGCGAUGGCCGAGUUUGCUCACUUUUGUGAACGCUUUGGGGCUGCAUGGGAUGAAGCUAUUAUUAUCAUCAGCAUAUUUACAGUAGGAUCACUUGCUACUUUUGCAAAACUUUACCCUACAUUGAAGGCGUAUGAAUACGGAUUCAGAGUGUUUACUUUGACUUAUUGUUACAUAAUGGCAUCGGGGUAUCGAACAAAUGAGUUCAUGGGGACUGCUGUUGAUCGGUUUUUGCUAAUUGCAUUGGGAGCUGGUGUUGGUUUGCUUGUAAAUGUUGGAAUUUAUCCCAUUUGGGCUGGUGAAGAUUUGCAUAAUUUGGUUGUGAAAAAUUUCUUCAAUGUUGCUAACUCUCUUGAAGGUAUUAUUAACCAAUACUUGAAUUGUGUUGAAUAUAAACGAAUCCCUUCGAAAAUCCUCAAUUACCAAGCGUAUGAUGAUCGGCUUUAUACCGGAUAUAGAUCGGCUGUGGAAUCUACAAGUCAAGAGGACACUUUGAUGGGAUUUGCAAUUUGGGAGCCUCCACAUGGUCGUUACAAGAUGUACAAGUAUCCAUGGAGAAAUUUUGUGAAAGUUAGUGGUGCUCUUAGACAUUGUUCUUUUAUGGUUAUGGCAUUACAUGGAUGCAUACUCUCGGAAAUACAGGCUCCGGCGGAUCGGAGACGGGUUUUCCAAGACGAACUUCAGAGAGUAAGCACCGCCGGAGCCAAAGUCCUCCGGGAGCUCGGUAACAAAGUGAAGAAAAUGGAAAAACUCGGAUCGCUAAACAUCCUCGACGAAGUUCUCAAAGCGGCGGAAGACCUACAAACGAAAGUCGAUCGGAAAUCCUACCUUCUCGUCGAUGCAAACAGUUGGGAAAUCGGAAAACCUGCGAUCGAAUUUCAAGACAUUCAAGACAUAUCAAAAACCGACGACAACGAUCCAUUCAAAUACCACGGGUACCAUUCGUUCAGCGAAGCCCGACUCGAUUUGGGAACAUCGAGGAGUCCUGAAACUACGAAUCUGCCAUUCGCGGGUACAAACGGUUUUCACAAAUCGUUGACUAGGGAAUUCUCGUUUAAACCGGAAAGAAUGGUGAUUCAAGAUGAAGGGGAUACGUACAAGAGUGCAAGCGUGCUUUCUUUGGUGACGUUUACUUCGCUAUUGAUUGAAUUUGUGGCGAGGCUUGGGAAUUUGGUGGUGGCGUUUGAGGAAUUGAGCGAGACGGCGAAGUUUAAGGCGCCGCCGGCGGAGGGGAGGGUGGAAGAGGAGGAGGUUUGUGGGUUUUGGGGUAGGUUUUGGAGGUUUGUAAAGCCUAGGGAUAGAAAUGACAACUUGUUAGCUUAGAAAAAAAAAAACCUAAUUUCUUUUCCAUUGUUAAUUUUGGGGAUUUCAUGUUUCAGCCAUGGAAAAGGGUUUUAAUCUUUGGUAGUAGUAAUAACAAAUAAUUCGGGAUCUUUCGUUUAAA